AUGCGGAGGGCCGCUAGGAUGGAGGACUUCACGGCAGAGGAAGAGGAGCCCUGGUACGACCAGCAGGACCUGGAGCAGGACUUGCACUUGGCCGCAGAGCUGGGGAAGACGCUGCUGGAGAGGAACAAGGAGCUAGAGCAGUCUCUACAGCAGAUGUACUCCACCAAUGAGGAGCAAGUGCAGGAGAUCGAGUACCUGACCAAACAGCUGGACACGCUGCGCCACGUGAAUGAACAGCACGCCAAAGUGUACGAGCAGCUGGACUUGGCGGCCCGAGACCUGGAGCUGACCAAUCAAAAGCUGGCACUGGAGAGCAAGGUGGCCCAGCAGAAGAUCCACGGGCUGACAGAAACCAUCGAGCGCCUGCAGACCCAGGUGGAGGAGCUGCAGGCUCAGGUGGAGCAGCUGCGGGACCUGGAGCAGUUGCGCCUGCGGCGGGAGAAGCGCGAACGCAGACGCACCAUCCACACCUUCCCUUGCCUCAAGGAGCUGUGCACCAGCCCCCGGUGUGAAGAUGCCUUCCGCCUGCACAGCUCCUCCCUGGAGCUGGGCCCGCGGCCCCUGGAGCAGGAGAACGACCGGCUGCAGACCUUGGUGGGCGUGCUGCGCUCCCAGGUGAGCCAGGAGCGGCAGCGCAAGGAGCGGGCGGAGCGCGAGUACGCGGCAGUGCUCCAGGAGUACUCGGAGCUGGAGCGGCAGCUGUGCGAGAUGGAGGGCUGCCGCUUCCGCGUGCAGGAGCUGGAGGCCGAGCUGCUGGAGCUACAGCAGAUGAAGCAGGCCAAGACCUACCUGCUGGGCCGGGAGGACCACCUGGCCGAGGCCCUGCUGGCGCCCCUCACCCAGGCACCCGAAGCCGACGACCCCCAGCCCGGCAGUGGCGACGACUCGGGCUCCCAGGACGGGGUCUCCUCUCCGGCCGCCUCCCCGGGCCACGCCGUGCGCAAGAGCUGCAGCGACACGGCGCUCAACGCCAUCAUGGCCAAAGACCCGGCCAGCCGGCAUGCGGGCAACCUCACGCUGCACGCCAACAGCGUGCGCAAGCGGGGCAUGUCCAUCCUGCGCGAGGUGGACGAGCAGUACCACGCGCUGCUGGAGAAGUAUGAGGAGCUGCUGAGCAAGUGCCGGCAGCACGGGGCCGGGGUGCGGCACGCGGGGGUGCAGACCUCGCGGCCCAUCUCCCGGGACAGCUCAUGGAGGGACCUGCGGGCGGGCGAGGAGGGCCUGGGGGAGGCCAAGGCAGAGAAGAGCCUCAGCCAGCACGUGGAGGCCGUGGACAAGCGGCUGGAGCAGAGCCAGCCCGAGUACAAGGCGCUCUUCAAGGAGAUCUUCUCCAGGAUCCAGAAGACCAAGGCCGACAUCAACGCCACCAAAGUCAAGACGCACAGCAGCAAGUGACGGUUUCCCCCCACCCCGGGUCAGGCCAGUGGGGGGUCCCUCGAAUCUGGGCCCUUCAGCCUCUGGUGAGUGAGGGAGCCCUUUUAGCAGCAAUACACCCCGGAGGGAGGUUGUCCUCUGACCCAGGGAGCACGGGGAAACCCACUCUCUGCUGAUGAUGGAGGCCUUCACCGGUCCUGGACCAAUGGAGGUCCCAGGACCCUCCGUCACCCGCGCCAGCCCCCAGGCGCCGCCCACAGAUUGCAAGCCAAACGUCCCCACUCCCCUGGGGAUUCUCAGCUCUCCCAGCCCUGACCCCUGACCCCGGGCCUUGCUCUCAGAUUUGUGGCCAAGCUUCUGAAAGCCAUUCUGGACCCGUUGACUUUUUUAUUUCAACGUUGGUUUUCCUGAGAGAUUUUUUUGCAAGGCAAGUUCUCCUUGACCUCCCCCUCGCCACAACUGGAAACACUUGAAGGGGGACCCCAGAGCCAGCUGUUGCAGGUUCUAGGGGUCUCCCGGACCACCCACUGCUUCUCCCCAGCUGUGACAUGCUGUCAUUCCCUUCGCACCAGCUGCCCUGCCUCAAGGGUCCUGACCAGGUCGGAGAUGGCCCCUGCCAGGGAGAGCAGAAAGCCUGAGCCAGGCUCAGUGCCAAUCCUGGUGAGGGCGAGCUUGUCCCUGGACACCCUCAGCCCACCGCAGAUCUGUAGCCAAUCAACUCAGAGCCAGCCCCCCCUGGUUCCAGCCCCAGAAAUGCCUUCUGGGUAUCAAGCCUUCCAGGGGUCCGGGCGAUGGAAGUUCCCAUCUCUGCACGCCUCCUCUCACUCACCGAGCUUGGCCUCUGCCUGUCCCCAUCUCAGGGACCACAACGUGUCUCGUUCACCCCCACGCUCCUCACCACCAGGCCCACCCCACUGCAGGUCAUGAGUGCCACCCCUAGAAUGUCCUGGGCGUGUCCCACCAGCUCAUGGUCCCAGCAUCCUCCCCUGCCCCCGCUCCUCCCAGGAUGCUUACCCCACCCUGGGCAGUAUUGAAAUGGGACUAGAUGGGGAACAUGUCUCCUCCUUCCCAUAAAAUGCCUGCUCUUAACCACUCAGCUUUGUGGGGGGGCUUUUGAGGACCCAGGAGGAUCAGGGACUUUAUCUUAUGUUAAGGCUUCAGAAGAUCCAGCUUCAGCUAAGAGAGGCCCAGAUCCCCAGCUUGCCCUUCAGGCUCCCAGUUCCUUCUACCACCUAUCCUGAGACCCUAGGGAUUGGAGGAGGGAAGUCAGUGGCCCUGGCCUCUGUGCUGGGAGCCCAGUGGGGAACCUUCAUGCCUUAUCUGUUUCUAAGGGGUUUUCUUAACAAGCCUCCCAGCCUCCCUGGAGGCACCACCCUGCUCUCCGGGCGGCACUGUGAUGAGACCUGUCAGGUGGUCCUUCCAUUCACACAUCUUGGAAGCUUUCGUCCUUUGGAGCCAGACAGCUC